AUGGUUUUGCCUUUAGAGUCUUACUUUUUUUCUGUCCUGGUAUUCUUGCUUGAGAAAUUGGUUUACUUCGAAAACUGGUGGUACGAGGUUAUAUGGUCCCAUUGGCGGCCUUCGAGUACAACCACUCUAGACAAGCUUGUCAAGAGAAAAGAGGAUGAAAUAUGGCAUGCAGUAAUCUUUGGCAAGGAUGGACAAGUUCGAAGAAUUUUCGAAGAUCUCACAAAUAAGCCCGAGGCACGUCUGACAUUCCCUAAUGUCACAGGCAAUGGGGUAGCAGCUUUCUCGCCAAGUUCCUCGCCACGCGAUACCGAGGCAGGUGCCCCGUCUUACCGCCCCGAUACCAAACUUCAAGAAGCAGUUGAAAUCGAUGUUAAGGAACAUGGGGUCUUCGAUCGAGAUGAGAACCGCGAAAUGGCGGUACAAGCACGCCUUGAAGCCAUUGCAGAGCGAUUGGCGAACUCAAGCCGGAGCUUAACUAAAAAAGAGAAAGAAAAAGCACAGAAAUGGUGGAGUAGCGGUUCCUUUUCGUUGUUAUGGAUGGCUAUCCAUCAAGACCACAAGUCAGAUGUGGACUACCUACUGACUGAGCACAAUCAAAAACUACAUAAGGGCAAUGGUUCGUCCAAUGAAACCGUUCUCCAUCUGGCAGUAUCAAAAAACGACUUGGAUCUUGUACGCGAUAUUCUCGAAAAGAGCUCCUACACAUCACCGCAUACAUAUAUCAAUGCCAGAGAUAGCGGAUCCAGGACCGCGUUACAUAAUUUGGUAUCUUCACUCUGUUUACCUUAUGCCUACCAUAGUCCUGGAGACUUGAGCAAGGCCUUCGACAUACUUGACUUACUAUCUCAACAUGGCGCCAACAUAGAUGCUUUGGAUAUGGGCUUCAGAACCCCCCUUCACACGCUUCUGUCAAGAACACUUAGCCGCAAAAGAUUUUGGCCAGAAGAACUCUCAACUAUUCCUCUAGAUCGUCUGAUGGAUAAGCUCCUACAGGCUGGGACAGAAGUUAAUACUAAAGACUUCCAAGGAGAUACACCUCUUCACAUCGCUUGUGAAUUGAGAAACAUGGACGCAAUCGCGAAGCUGGUUCGUAAUGGCGCCGAUCUUGGAAGUCUAAAUCGUGAUGGGAAGACCCCUAAACGGGUUUUCUCGGAUGGUCAAGGGCUAGACGAAGAUUUUUGGAAACGCAUGGUUAUACUAUCCCGUAGAAAGCGAAGCACUGACACAGAUUUAUUCGCCCUAUCAAACAGGCUUUCAAGCAGACGAGACAGAAAUUCCAAAGCAGCAAUAGCUGUAUGCCAGAGAUCAGCUGUAUAUUGCCGUUACCAAUGGAGUGGUCUAGCCUCCAACAAUAGCAAUCCGCCACAUUGGGCCGCAACAGACAAGUACGUAUCCCAUAUUCUUUUUUCAGACAAACGGUCAGAGGGCAUCCCGUUUCUGGCUGAAUGCGAAGAGGAAUGUGCACUUGCCUGGCAAGAUCUUGUCGAACCACUCGGCAAAGAGGGCAAAGAAAACGAGCAUAAUACAGCUGGGGGGGCAACAGACGUUGAUAACAGCGCCAAAGUGGCAAAGUAUACAUGGAGAUGGUUAAACUUCCCAGAAAAUAAUAUGACAUGGAUUAGAGAUUUCGUCGAAGACAAUUUAAGUAUUAGCAACAUCGCUCGGAGAUUCUUCGAAGAUCACAUGGAAGUGCGCAAUACGAGAAACAAAGGUCAUCUGAUAAGGGUGCCACAUGCUCAUAUCAUGAGCCAAGGGGCCUCUAAAGCGUAUGAUCCGGUCGAGAACACGGGCACCCCAACCAGAUCAAUGGUAUCUCUUGUGAUUCCAUUUAUAGAUAUUGAGGUUGAAAACUCUUAUGGCUCUACAUCAACACCGGGAGAAGAAGCCUAUCCCCCCUUUAAUGGGAUCAACGGAGUACAGAUGCCGCAAACCUUGGACCAGACUUCUAUCAACACCGACAGUCGAUCAGAACUGCGAUGCAAGGAGAAUCAGGUCAUUUACAGAUGGUCGAAAAAGCAGGACUCUGGGCAAGAAAAGCGACUUCCGCUGGAAUGGAUGGUACGGAAUCCGUUUUCCCCCCUCGCACGUCUCCUUCGUAAGGUGAGAAGAUACCUCGAAAGCUGUGACAACAAAGAGUCCGCAAUUUCACCUUUAGACCGUACGGGGCGAGCCAUGGGAGACGAAAGGGCUGGCAUUUCGACUGAGAUGCAGAGGAUCCUCAAGGACCGUCGUCCAAAAUGGUUGAUGGUAAGGCAGCUUUGGCUAUGGAAAUUCAAUGAUAACACUAUUCUUUCUGCGAUACCUUCCCGCACAAAUUUGUGCAUGGCUAAUGACUUGCUUGAAACCAUCCGACAGAGCGGCUUGAACGGGGUGUACGGCUCCGACGACCUUGUGAAUCAUAUUUUGCAAGAAACCAUUACUUUCCCAGAUAAGUUUUUGCGGGCAGGGCUGGGCGAGCAUAUACUUGAUGUGUUCGAAAGCGAGAUCGCCGCUGAGGCCGACGAAGAAGCCACUUUCUACAAUAACUUUGCUCACAACGACUGGAAUUCCAAACACGCAAACAGAGCUAUCAGCUGCACCUGGCGCGUUAAGGACAUCCGUGAUGAGCUACAACUUAUCCGGAACGUGUUUGACAGUCAGCUGAAAGUUGUCAAGCAAUUUGCCAAGGUUAUUGAAGAACAGCCGAUACAAACACCCGAAGACUUCAACUUUAUUCCCUCUCUCAAAUCAAAACUAGAGGGUAUGAUGCAGCGAAUUGAUUCAAUGGAUAGUGAGGCCAAUAAGACAACAGAAAGUCUCAGCAACAUCACUCAGGCGAUGCUAGCUCAAGCAGCACUGAAAGAGGCAGAAUCAGCUCGCUUGAUGAACUUCAUCAUCCUACCAUUCACUAUUGUUACGGUUAUCUUUACCCCUCUGUCAUUCAUGACAAGCCUCUUUGCCGUUAACUCGGAUGGCUUCCCGCAAAAUGAAGAUGGGGAACUUCGCAUCCCUUCAGAUUGGUUCUGGCGGCGGAUGGGUAUGUUUAUUCCUGGCAGAAUUGAAGGCUCCUGUGGUGUCUAA